UUUUUUUUGAAGAGUCCGUUUCUACACAAUUCUUUAUAUAUUAUCCCUUAACUCUUAUAUUUAUGAUGUAGAAGAUUUAGUUUUUCAUACGGUCUCUUAUACUUAAAAAUUAAAACCAAUGGCAAUAGUUUGUAUAUGUCCUAACAUGUACAUGAGCUUAAUCCUAAAAUUUACUUUUGUCAAAAAUAUCUAAAUAUAAAAUAUAUGUGCAAUCUAAAUAAUUUAACAAGACAACAGAGGCGACGAGUUUAGAAUCAUUAGAACUAGUUCACAUUGAUUUUUUCGAGAGAAAUGGAAUAUUGACAAAAGAAGGGACAAGAUAUUUCAUGAUAUUGAUAUCGAUGUGUACUUGUUUAAAAUAAGAGAUGUGUAUCUUAUCUAUUUCAAAAUCUAUAAAAACAAAAUUAAAAAAUCAGUUUGAAAGAAUGAUUAAACGCCUGAGAUCUGAUCAUGAUGGAGAGUAUUUGCCAAACGAAUUUAACUCAUUCUGCGAGGAACAUGAUAUCAUUCAUGAAAAGGAACGUCCCUAUUCUCCACAUACCAAUAGGAUUGUGUAAAGUAAUAACAGAAUUCUAAUGGAGAUGGUUAGCGCUAUGUUAGAAACAUCGAGACUCUCCAACUAAGGUCUUAUUCGGUUAAUCCCGUUAUCCAUGUAUUGGAUGAGAUUAGAAAAAUUUAAGGAGUUUAACUUACUUGAGAUUUAAUUUCACCCAAUCCCACUCAAUCCACAUGAAUUGAGAGCUAAUCGAACAAGCCCUAAUGAUAGGUGAGGCUAUAAUGUCUGUGUGUCAUGUGCUAAAUAGAGUUACCAUGAAAAAUAAUAAAAAACACCAUUUGAUGAAUGAGAAAAGAAAAAAAAAAUGAAUUUCUCUUGUCUGCGAACUUGGGCCUGUAUGGCUAAGUCAUUGUGCCAAUCCUAAAGAGGCGCAAACCUAGACCUAAAUAGAGAUAAUUUAUCCUUUUAAAGUCCUUGUGUUUGGUAAUUUAAGAACCAAAAGAGAGUAAGAGACUAACAAUUUGUCUAUAGAAACCAAACACUCUUUACUUUGCUAGCCACAUUAUCGAUACAUUCCUACCCUAAUAUUAUCUCAGUUCAUAAAUAUAUGACAGCGUUAUUUUUUUUCGAAAAUUUUAAUCAUUCGUCUUAUUCAAAAUAUUUAUUUAAAAUGUAAAAUUUCAAGUCAAACACAAACUAACUUAAGUGAUAAAACAAAUCAAAAAAAUAAAUAAAUAACAACUCAUUAUAUUUAAUAAUACAAAUGGUUAAAGUUUUUUGUUUUAAAUUCAGCGGUGUCAUAUAUUUAUGAAUGAAGAUAAUAUUUUCUUUUUUGUCCUGUGCCACUUACAACAAAAAAAAAUAAUCCACAAAAAUCGCAUUCGCAUAUAAAAUGGCAAAACCAAUGUGUUCUCGUCUCAGUAACAUUUUGGUGCUAAAUCAAAUGGAAUGCUUGCAUUUUCUUCCACUUGUAUUUUUUACCACGGAAAACAGCAAGUAACACGUCUGGUCGUCCGAAAUCACGCGGCAUCGCCAUCUCCAGUUCAGCAGUUCUUCACCGCUCCACGAGACAACACAACCCAUCUCUGCGACCUGCGACAACUACACGAAACCACUUGAUUUCUGAAAGGCAGGCCACAUAUAUACCGGUUCCUCACAGAGCGUCGUCGCCCGGUCGCCGUCCGUCCCACCACCGGAUCCCGCCCACCCGCCAGAUCCAGGUGUCCAGAUCCCCGAAGGGCGAAGGCCUGAACCCCUGCGCAUAUCCCCAUGGAGCCCUCGCCGGCGCAAGCGGGCGCGUCGGACCGCGACCGCUCGCCGCCUCCGCCCCCGCCACCGCCGUCCCAGUCGUCUACCGCAGCGACGAUCUCAUCGCCGCUUGCCGUCGUCUGCAGUUUCUGGAAAGAUUUUGAUUUGGAGAAGGAAAGAAGUGGAUUGGAUGAGCAAGGUUUAAAGAUUGCGGAGAAUCAAGAAACUAGUCAAAAGAACAGGCGUAAGCUUGCUGAGAACACACGGGAUUUCAAAAAGGCAUCAUCAGAUGAGAAACUCAGUUUACUCAAUUCUUUGCUGAAGAGUUAUCAAGAGGAAGUUGAUAACCUCACAAAGAGAGCAAAGUUUGGAGAAAAUGCAUUUCUCAACAUCUAUCAGAAGCUCUAUGAAGCUCCUGAUCCAUAUCCAGCUCUUGCUUCAAUGACUGAUCAAGACCAGAAAUUGUCUGAACUGGAGACUGAGAACCGUAAGAUGAAACUAGAGCUUGAAGAAUACCGUGCUGAAGCUGCACACUUGAAGAACCAGCAGGCAACAAUUAGGCGACUUGAAGAGCGUAAUCGCCAACUGGAACAGCAGAUGGAGGAGAAAGUAAGGGAGAUGGUUGAAAUGAAGCAGCGAAGCAUGGCUGAGGAUAGUCAGAAAACUCUAGAAGCCCUGAAAGAUAGGGAACGGUCAUUGCAGGACCAACUAAGGCAAGCUACAGAAAGUGUAAAGAAUAUGCAAAAGCUACAUGAAUCGGCGCAAAGCCAAUUGUUUGAGCUUCGCACUCAAUCAGAGGAGGAUCGAGCUGCAAAGGAGGUUGAAGUCAGCCUUCUGAUGGAUGAAGUUGAAAGGGCUCAAGCACGAUUAGUCAGUCUUGAGAGGGAAAAGGGGGAUCUGCGUUCACAAUUGCAGACAACUAAUGAGGAUGCAAGCAAAAGUAGUGACUAUUUGGAAUCAAGUGAUAUACUUGAGAGUUCCUUGAACGCCAAGGAGAAGAUUAUUUCGGAGUUGAAUGCAGAACUUCGCAACAUUGAAAGUACUUUAUCAAGUGAGAGAGAAAUGCAUGUGAACGAGCUUAAGAAGUUGACUACUUUACUCACUGAACAGGAAAGUGCUCUUAUGGAGUUGAAGAAAGAACUCCAGGAAAGACCUACACAAAAACUGGUAGAUGAUCUCAAGAAAAAGGUUCAGAUUUUGCAGGCUGUUGGUUACAACUCCAUUGAAGCUGAAGACUGGGAGCUUGCUACUAAUGGUGAAGAAAUGAGCAAGUUGGAAGCAUUGCUUCUAGACAAGAACCGUAAAAUGGAGCAUGAGCUAACACAACUGAAGGUUAAAAUAUCAGAGAAAACAAGUGUUCUUGAGGAAGCUGAAAAAAGGAUUGUUGAACUAACUUCAAAGGUUGAAGAGCAGCAAAAGCUGAUUUUGAAACUUGAGGAUGACAUACUAAAGGGCUACAGUUCAACUGAUAGGAGGGGCUCACUCUUGAAUGACUGGGAUAUUCAAGAAAUCGGCUCAAGUGAAGCAUCUGAGGGCUCUGAUCCAAGGCAUGCAUCGGCAGAUCAAGAUCAAAGUUCGAUGCUCAAGGUCAUUUGCAACCAGAGGGAUCGUUUCCGUGCACGUCUGCGUGAAACUGAGGAGGAACUGAGGAGACUAAAAGAGAAGCAUGAGAUGCUGACUGUUGAACUGGAAAAAACUAAAGCUGAUAAUGUGCAACUGUAUGGAAAGAUUCGAUAUGUCCAAGACUAUAGCCACGACAAGAUUGUUUCCAGGGGACCAAAAAAGUACGCAGAAGAUAUUGAAAGUGGUUCUUCUGAUGUUGAAGCAAAGUACAAGAAAAUGUAUGAGGAUGACAUAAACCCGUUUGCUGCUUUUUCAAAGAAGGAAAAGGAUCAGCGUUAUAAGGAACUUGGUUUAAGAGACAAAAUCACACUUAGUAGUGGCCGUUUUGUCCUUGGUAACAAAUACGCACGGACGUUUAUAUUCUUCUACAGCAUCGGAUUGCAUCUCCUUGUAUUUACAUUACUGUACAGAAUGUCAGCUUUGAGCUAUCUCAACACAACAACUCAGCAGGAUGAAAUCAUUCUGGAUGCUGGUAAUCAGAGGCUAACGCACAUGCUUUAGGCCAAGUUCCAUAUAACAGUAGAAAAAGAGGCUCUCUGGGUUUUGAUCUAUAGAAUCUUUGGACAGGAUCGUUGCUGAGAUUGCUAUUGAUUUGUUUGCUUUGUACCCUUAAGCGCCUUGAUAUGUUUCUGUAGAUAAAAAGAAAAAAAAACCUGUUUUGGGGGCAGGCGUGGGUGCGGCAUGAGCUUUGAACUAUGUAAUACUGUUGUACUGCCAAUUUACCAUUUUGUUGGUAAAUGAAAGCACACUUGUCACAAAGGUAUACGGUAUGCCAUACCAUCACUACAUCGUUUAGAGUGAAAUGCCUCUAAACUUUUUCUGCA